AGUGGUGUCACUCGUGGCUGGAUCGAUAGCCUCUGUCUUGUCUGGUCUUGUCUGUCGCAGUGGGUUCGUGUGUUCGUGCUCGCGCAUUCAUCCUGCAGUGGCCGUGCUAACCGCGCUCCUGCAUUGUGCGCAUCCAUUGACAAUCCAUUAUAUCAAAUAUCAUUCGUUCGUACUAUGAUAGUGUCGAUAGUGUAAAUACGCACGCAGAUACAGUGAAUCAACCGUAGUCAUCAUCUGUGGUCAUCAUGGGGUCGCUAUUUCGCAGUGCGGAGAUGACUCUCUGCCAGCUCUUCUUGCAGAGCGAAGCAGCAUACGCUUGCGUGUCGGAACUGGGCGAGCUGGGUCUGGUACAAUUCCGCGACUUGAAUCCGGACGUCAAUGCCUUCCAACGCAAGUUCGUCAACGAGGUUCGUCGCUGCGAUGAAAUGGAACGCAAACUGCGUUACCUCGAGAAGGAGAUUAAGAAGGACGGUAUUCCUAUGCUCGAUACCGGUGAGAGCCCCGAGGCGCCUCAACCUAGAGAAAUGAUUGAUCUUGAGGCUACAUUUGAGAAGCUAGAAAAUGAGUUGCGUGAAGUAAAUCAGAAUGCCGAGGCGCUCAAACGCAACUUCCUGGAGCUCACUGAACUCAAACAGAUCCUGCGUAAGACUCAAGUCUUCUUCGACGAGCACGAAGGUGGUGUAAAUCCCACCGAGUCUAUGACCAGGGCCCUCAUUAGCGACGACUCGAUUGCCCGACAAGGCGCCCUUGGCCCCGUGCAACUCGGUUUUCCGGAAAAAGCUAUUGAUCCCGAAGAUUUUCUUCCAUGUUUUGUCGCCGGCGUGAUUCUUCGUGAACGCAUCCCGGCUUUCGAACGUAUGUUAUGGCGCGCUUGUCGUGGCAACGUGUUUCUUCGCCAGGCUGAAAUCGAAACACCAUUGGAAGAUCCAUCAAGUGGUGACCAAGUAUUCAAGUCGGUGUUCAUCAUCUUCUUCCAAGGUGACCAAUUGAAAACGCGCGUGAAAAAGAUCUGUGAAGGAUUCCGCGCCACGCUGUACCCAUGCCCCGAGGCGCCUGCUGAUCGCCGUGAAAUGGCGAUGGGUGUUAUGACUCGCAUUGAAGAUCUGAACACUGUUCUUGGGCAGACACAGGAUCAUCGCCAUCGUGUGCUCGUGGCAGCCGCUAAGAACAUCAAGAAUUGGUUCGUCAAGGUUCGCAAGAUUAAAGCGAUUUAUCACACGUUGAAUUUGUUCAACUUGGACGUUACCCAGAAGUGUCUCAUUGCUGAGUGUUGGGUACCUGUGUUGGAUCUGGAGAAUAUUCAAUUGGCCCUACGUCGUGGAACUGAACGUAGUGGAAGUUCUGUGCCACCGAUUUUGAACCGAAUGGAAACCUGUGAGGACCCACCGACUUAUAACCACACCAAUAAGUUUACAGCGGGUUUCCAAGCGUUGAUCGACUCUUACGGUAUUGCUUCUUACCGCGAAAUGAACCCAGCUCCUUAUACAAUCAUUACGUUCCCCUUCUUAUUCGCUGUAAUGUUUGGUGAUUUUGGUCACGGUGCACUCAUGGCUAUGUUUGGCGGUUGGAUGAUUCUCAAAGAGAAGCCACUCGCCGCCAAGAAAGUCGACAGUGAGAUCUGGAAUAUAUUCUUCGGCGGUCGAUAUAUUAUCUUCCUCAUGGGCGUAUUUUCGAUGUACACCGGUCUGAUCUACAACGACGUCUUCUCGAAGAGCAUGAAUAUCUUCGGCUCCAAGUGGCAGGUGGUCACUAAUAUGACUGGCGCUCAUAUUUUGGCGCAUGAAGCCACUAUGACGCUCAAUCCUGCUUCGAGUGCAUACGCGCAGUAUCCGUAUCCAUUCGGGCUGGAUCCCGUCUGGCAGCUCGCUAAGAAUAAGAUCAUCUUCCAGAACGCGUAUAAGAUGAAGAUCUCGAUCAUUCUGGGCAUUUGUCACAUGUUGUUUGGUGUCAGCAUGUCGCUGUGGAACAACUUGUACUUCAAGAACAAACUGGACAUCAUCUUUCAGUUCGUUCCACAGGUGAUCUUCUUGUGCUUCUUGUUCUUGUACAUGGUGUUGUUGAUGUUUAUCAAGUGGGUAACAUACUUUCCAACUGAUGAUUUGGAUCUUGUAAAAUGGAGUCCGCAUUGCGCGCCGUCCAUCUUGAUUACAUUCAUCAACAUGGUGUUGUUCAAGGAGACCAAAGUAGACAAGGUGUGCGACCCCACGAUGUACGCAGGUCAAAUCGGCCUCCAGAAAUUGCUCGUUGUAUGCGCGAUGUUGUGUAUUCCGUGGAUGUUACUCGCCAAACCCAUUCAUAUUAUGCGCGCCGCGCAGAGGAACAACUUUUCGGUCUCGCACCAGCAGAUGCAAUCGGCCACUGAGAAUGGCGACGCCGAGCAGCCGAUGCAGAAUAAUACUCAGGAGGUGGCCAAGGGUGGUGGUCACGACAGCGAAGAGAUGUCGGAGAUGUUUAUCCACCAGGGUAUCCAUACCAUCGAAUAUGUACUUGGGUCGGUCUCGCACACUGCGUCUUAUCUACGUUUGUGGGCUUUGUCUUUGGCUCAUGCUCAGUUAUCCGAAGUACUGUGGAACAUGGUGUUGAGCAAGGGUCUUCAGGUGGAUGACUGGAGAGGUGGUAUCGCGCUGUACAUUAUUUUCAGCUUCUGGGCGUGUCUCACCGUCUCCAUCUUGGUGUUGAUGGAGGGUUUGUCCGCUUUCUUGCACACUUUGCGUUUGCAUUGGGUGGAGUUCCAAAGCAAGUUCUACGCUGGUCUAGGUCAUGCGUUCCAACCGUUCUCAUUCGAAACCAUCUUGGACACUGCUUCCACCGCUCCCGGCGAGGAGUAAUUCCAUUGAAGCAUGGAAACGUAGUUUGAAUAUACCACAAGCUUAGAAAAAGUAACACCUUGCCGUUUGAAAUAAUUUAAAUUAAUUAUUCUAUAUAUUAAUGAAUUUAAUAAUAAAUCAUUAACCUAUUAACAAUUCAUUCACGCGAAUGAAUAUCAGAUUAUAGCCAAGCAGACAUUAAUUUAUGUACUUAAGCAGUACACAAUGGACGCUUUUGAUGUUGUGAAAAAAAUCAAAUUAAUUGAAAAUAUAUGUGUAGCAAAUGAAAA